CCCCCAAGGGUCAUUGUGAUAUGUACUCUUUUUUUUUUUUUUUUUUUGAGACAGGGUUUCUCUGUAGCUUUGGAGCCUGUCCUGGAACUAGCUCUUAUAGACCAGGCUGGCCUCGAACUCACAGAGAUCUGCCUGCUUCUGCCUCCUGAGUGCUGGGAUUAAAGGCGUGCACCACUGCUACCCUGCUUUUGUUUUGGGGUGGGGUAUAGUCUUUGGGAAUGCUACUGGCAUUUGUUCAGUUUGAGUGGGAUGCUAGACUCCCUAAAGGACUUAAAACCUUUACCAUGAAGUUUCCAAGACAUCACUGUGCAUAUAAAAUCCUGUUAGCGCCUAUUAAAAAUGGAGUUAGCUGCCAUUGGAAAUUGACUCGUGAGGUUCAGGCUGAUAUGGAACUUGCUUUCCACUUACAUCUGCCUUCAGUGUUGGGAUACAGUCAUGCACCACCACACCUAGCUGAUUCUAAAGUUAUUUUUUAAGUGCAAAUGAGACAUUUUUGUGCAUUUUGGAAAAAUCAACCUGAGGAUUCAACCCACAAAGAAUUAAAUGCAACAAAGGGAUGCUGGGAGUGGGAGUAAGUCUUCCUCAGUACCAAAUGGUCAGCUCUGGAAGUAUGAGUAACAUACAGACUGAGUAGGUUAUAGUUAGUAAUACAUAUGUGUAUGUACAUAUAUCCAUGUAGUAACAGUGAAAAAAGGGACAGGAAUUUGAAAAAUGAGAUGGAGGGGUAUAUGGGACGGUUUCAAGGGAGGAAAGGGAAGGCAGAAAUAAUAAUCUCUAAAAAAAAACCUCAAUUUUUAUGGAAUUAUACUUUCAUGUAAAGUAAAUGUAUACUUUGUUCAAUGUUUCACCAAAAGUUUGCUCACUAUUUUAGGAAAUCAGGUUGCCAAUGUCAAUACUGCUUAUGGUGUCUGAAUUACCAGUAAAUGUCAUUGGCUGGCAGGUAGCCAUCUCAUCCACAGUGACCCUAUUUAUGGGCAUGGGAGGCAGACUGUUCCAUUGCCUUCUGGUUUAUUUGUGCCCAAGCUUUCACGUUUUGAAAUACACAUUACUAUUAAUUACUCUUGCUUUACAGUGAGUGUGUUAUAUGUAGUGGUCAUUGUCCUACGGGAUGUGGGCACGUCUUGUUUGGUUGAAGAACGUGUACCUAAUAGAUGCUGCUGAAUGCUGAUGGUGAGAGGAGAGUUUGCAAAAUCUAAUCUUUUGAGGCUAUUCUGAUAGGUCUCCCCUAACCCUUCAUUUCAGAGCCUGGUAGAAGCAGGGGCAUGGGUGAAAAUUCUUGAGGGAGGCGUCCAGAACUCAGCUGCUAGGUUAAUGGCUGAUGAAACUUGCUCAAGAGCUGGGCAAAGGUGAAAGAGCCCUGUCCUGCUCCCAAGCCCUUAUUUCUCUCUCUCCGCUUCGUUGACACUCCCACCCCCUCCCUGCGACAGUCAGUGCACUCCACCCACACUCUGACCUCUUUCUUUACUCAACUAUCCUGAGCAACCAAGACACAAUCCAGCCAGGCAGCAUGAGCCGAUCACCUCUCCAUCCCGUUCCACUCCUAGCUGUGGGCUCACAGGAUGCCCCUGCUCCCGUGCAACCACUGCUGCCCCCUCUCCAGAAUCCCUCCUCCCACUCAUGGGCCUCUCGGUGUGGGCCUUCCACCUGGGUCCUCAGCUGUCUUCUGGCUCUACAGCAUUUCCUGGUUCUGGCAUCUCUGCUCUCUGCCUCCCACCUGCUGCUGCUUCACAGCCUUCCCCCAGGGGGGCUCUCAUACUCACCUGCUCAGCUUCUGGCUUCCAGUUUCUUUUCCUGUGGUGUGUCUACAGUCCUGCAAACUUGGAUGGGCAGCAGGCUGCCUCUAGUCCAGGCUCCAUCCUUAGAGUUCCUUAUCCCUGCACUGGUGCUGACAAACCAGAAGCCAUCUCUGACUACCAAGACCCCUGGAAACGCCUCCCUCUCACUGCAUCUGUGUAGUUUGUCAAGCUGCCAUGGCCUGGAGUUCUGGAACACUUCUCUCCGAGAGGUGUCAGGGGCAGUGGUGGUAUCCGGGCUGCUGCAGGGCACAAUAGGACUUCUAGGGUUGCCUGGCCGUGUUUUUCCCUACUGUGGACCACUGGUGCUGGCACCCAGCCUGGUUGUAGCAGGGCUCUCUGCCCACAAGGAGGUGGCCCAGUUCUGUUCCGCUCACUGGGGCCUGGCCUUGCUACUCAUCCUGCUCAUGGUGAUCUGUUCUCAGCACUUGGGCUCCUGCCGGGUACCCCUGUGCUCCUGGAGGCCAGCUUCAACUUCCUCAACUCACAUAUAUAUUCCUGUCUUCCGACUCCUUUCGGUACGUGGGGGCUCUGGGCAGAUGGAGCGAGAAGGGCCGACUGAUGCACAUAGCCAGGUGCUUACCCCUGUGGCCUGUGUGUGGAUCAUCUCUGCCCUUCUGGGUCUGAGUGUUAUCCCCCUCCAGCUGUCUGAUCCCACGGAGGCACCAUGGUUUUGGCUGCCUCACCCAGGUGGAGAAACUGCCCACUUGAGGAGUUGCCCCCCACUUCACUGCAGGUGUAUUAUUUGGGUCAGUGUCAGGAGACAUUAUACCAUAUAUACUUACUCUCCAUCCCUCUGCUUACUCUUGAGAUCGCUGACCAACUAGCAAGUUUACAUUAUCAGCCCCCGUGGACAUUUCUAUUGGUAACUGUAGAGUUAUUUCCUUGGAGUCAGCCUAUGUGAAACUUUGUCAUUCAUGUUUAUUUGUCAUAAUGGUAGGGGUCCGUCAAUUUAGAACCUCGUGCAUACUCGCAUACUCAGCAAGGGAUUGACACUGAACUCCACAUCAGCCCCCUUCAUUAACAGCUUAAUAAUGGCCUGUUGAGUUUUGACCAGGCCCUCAGUACAUGGUAGGCAUAGUGAUGAA